UGACAUGCAUCUCUACACUUGUCUUGUGUCGGGAAUUCCAUAAAUACCUAAAUGUGAAGAAAAACUUUACGUGCAUUGGUAGGAAAAUCUACACGUGGCUGUUAGUGCAAUGGGCAGCACUCAAUUUAUCUCUUUUAAUCUCCGAGGAAGUCCUCCUCCACUAUCAUAGCCUAAGUAGUUUGCGUCCAUAGAAGAGGAAGAAGAUCUUCUUUUCAGCUGCAUAAUCUCGUCGCAUCCAUUAGAGUUUCCUUGCAAUGCCUGUAUAUCCGAUUAUCAGCCUAUUCUUACUGAUGCGGUGCUAGGGGUGUGUGCAGAUCAGCCUCUUUUUUGUCCAUAGUUAAAUACUGGGGGCGAUUCCUGUCAAAUCAUUCAACUGGCGGUUGACUAUUUUUUAAGGUUCAACCGGAUGUUGUAUAAUAAGUCUUGUCUCUUUACGAAGACCACUGGUCGAUAUCGACCGACGACGGGUUGAUUCUCAACAGGUAUGUUGCGAUUGAAUGGACGCUCUUUUAUUUGGAAUUUGCAAUCUUCAGAAAUCAAUUGACAACCCACAUGGUGAACAGGAUAGAAGUUUCAUCCUGUACAAAGAAGUUUCUAUGCUCAAAUCAUGGAUUCUUACAUUUAUGGCAUCGGAAAUGAGGUUUUAUACCUCUUUGGAGGCGUUGCCCUCGUUUUUGCUCUCUUCAUUCAUUACUUCUUAGUCACAGCAAGGAAUCAAGAAUCAACCCAAGCUGAUGAAGCAACCCCUAGUCAAUUUUACAAUAUCUUACCAACAUUUAAUCGUGCCUGCCCAGUAUGUUUGGGGAACCCUGUCUUCAAGGUUGCCACUAACUGUGGCCAUGCGUAUUGUGGAUCAUGUCUAUUGCAAUUGGUUCACCAUUCUCGACCAAGAAUUACAGUGCAUUGCGCUGUUUGCAGAAGCACGGUGACGUGGAUCAUUGAACAAUUUUCUGAUGAGGAAAGAGAAAAUUGUUCAGAGCAAGCCUUAACUUUAAAAGCUUCUGUGACGCACUUGAAGAGGUGUCUGUCAGUCUACUCAAGAAGUUUUCGAGACCAUCUACGAGAUUUGCCAACGCUAGCUUAUUUUAUGAUGGAGGAAUUAACGAAUCUCAAUGGAAUGCUAUCAUUCGGAUCAAAAUUGAAAUUGUUCCUCAUUCUAUCUUUGGUUUUAAUCUAUGUGUUAAUCCCUUAUGAUUUAGUACCUGAAAUUGUAUUUGGAUAUCUUGGCCUUCUAGAUGAUUUUCUAGCAACUGUUGUCCUAAUUAUCUAUGCUUGUGAAAUGUUUCGUUAUUUUAUCACUGAGCGUCAGGGUUGAUUUUCAAUUUUUUCAUCUUUUAAUUCUAAGUUUUUAAAAUGCUUGUUGUGAAGUGUCAAUGACACUCUCCUCUAUGUAAGAAUAAAGAAGACUGAGUAAGUUAGGUAAACACCAAGAGACAUUGAUUAAUCUCAUGGUGGGUAAGAUAAGAAAAAACAAUUAAGUUAAAAACAAGGGUAACUGUAGAGAAAAAGCAUUUUUAUCCACAAAUUCUAGAUUUUCAGUUUUUACUAAUUUUGGUUUGAAACCAUUUCUUCAUAACCAUUCUAAUAAUUAAUUAUUACAAUUCAUUCUGCAUAACAUUUUUACUGUAAGUAGGAGUUCCCUUCAGACUUACUAGGGGUCCGUCGCAAACUUUUUUUAGAGUGCAUGGAAGAAUCGCAUAUUUAGGAAAAUAAUUUAAAAUUCACCGUGAGCUUAUCAGGAAAACUCCCCUAAAAAUUCAGGAGUCUAAAAUUCUUUCCCAACCUCAUCAACUGCAUAAAAAAUGUGUGAAUUUUUGAGUUUUCUAUUCAUAAAAUUAUACCGAGGCCUCGACACAAUGUCGCCCCUCUGGCGUGAGGACAUAUCUUAUUUUCCUUGUGAGCUCUGUUUUACAUAUCGGCGGUGAAAUUACCAGACCUUGUAUUUUGUUUUCGGUGUUUAAAAAUCCCCGUUCCCAUUUUAUUUUCGUGAAGGAAAACAAAACAAUAUCAUUCCUCGAAUUUUGCACACAUUUAUUUCACACGAAGGAGAAAAUUCACGGAAGUUUUCAAGAAUUGACGUUGAGUAGUUUUCCAUCUAAAAAAUAAAGUAUGAUAGGGAGUCUGCGACGUCGCAAACCAGAUACGUAGUCUGGUAGUUUUGCUGUUGAUAUGAACGUAUGCUUCCUGAAACUCAUGCGGAAAUCGAGGUACCUACGCUCUUGGGCCAAAGAAGAGAUGAUAAUUUGAAAA